AUGGCCGGCAGAGGCGCCGGCGGUGGCCUGCAGCCGCCGGCCGUAGCGCAGCCGCCCGUCAGCGGUCACCUGUACCCCUUCGUGAGCGCGGCGGGCGCGGAGAGCGAGGGGCCGGAGGAGGAGGGCGAGGUGUCGGAGCUGCGGCCGCGGGGCAGGGAGAAGGUGCGGAGGAGCGCGUCGAGGGACAGGCUGGAUGAUAUCGUGCUGCUAACGAAGGAUAUCCAGGAAGGGGACACUCUGAACGCGAUCGCACUUCAGUAUUGCUGCUCGGUUGCAGAUAUCAAGAGAGUUAACAAUCUUAUCAAUGAUCAAGAUUUUUUUGCCCUGAGGUCUAUCAAAAUUCCAGUGAAAAAGUUCAGUGUAUUGACCGAAACACAUGUUUCUCCCAAAGGAAGACCAGCCCUUCGGCCUGCUCACUGUUCCCCAGAAGUACAGGAAGCAUCACCUUCUGAUAAGUUCUCUGCUAAUGAGACUGCUGGCAACUUCUUAAAAGAAGUGGAUCGAGAUAUAGAAGAAAUAGUGAAGUGUAAUGAUACAAAGAGGGAGAAUCUUAAUGAAGUUGUUUCUGCCUUAGCAGCCCAACAGAUCUGUUUUGAAACUGAUGGUAAAACUAAAGAGUGCAAAGAUCCUUACUAUGGAGCAGAUUGGGGUAUAGGAUGGUGGACAGCUGUAGUGAUUAUGUUGAUUAUUGGCAUAGUGACUCCUGUUUUUUAUCUCCUGUAUUACGAAGUUCUAGUGAAAGCAGAUGUCAGUCACCAUUCUACAAUGGAAUCUUCUCAUUUGUUUGUCACAGUAGCAUCGCAUCAGAAACAAAUAGAAAAUGGGAUAAAUCCAGUGAAUAUUAUAAAUGUUGAUAACCAAGGAGACAUUCAGCCUUAAUGACAGAAGACCCCCAGCAACUGUUUUCUAUAGACACGUAACAUAGCAUUAGGUAAAGGGGAAACCACAGAACGCAAAAUGCAUCUGGAAAGCAGAGAAACUGCGUACUGAUGCGUGACUUUGCCUUUUUGGGCAGUGUUCCAGUUCAAGGAUAUUUCUGUGGGUCAUGUAAUCUCUGAAUAUGCCUGAGACAGGUGAUUUUAAUGCAAGAUUGGGAUAUAAGUUAAGGUUUAAAAUCGUCUCUGAAGCUUUGCACUUUUUUCUAUUUUGAUAGGCAUAUGUUUUUUAAUUAAUGAUGAGGUGAAAAAAUGUAGUUUGAACUAACACAUGAGGAAUCUCACUGUAAGUUUUACAGCCCUAAAAUGGGCAUUUGGGGAUAUCUAACUUUUAAACAUCUUGAAGUAUUUAUAGAAUGCUUAGUACACUUGACAUUUUAAUAUCAGGUUUACAGUCGUCAGUUAAAACUGCGUUCUCAUAAUUUUAUCUUUCUUAUAGAGCAAGAUUAUUUUUUUUUAAAACCCAAUCAUUCCAUAAUUAAUUGCCACUAUGAAAUUCUUUUUUAAAAGUGACUUUUAUAGAAGCAGUAGCUAACACUUAAACUGGAAUCUUCACAUCUUGUGCCUGUGGUCAACCGUUCUUUAGUACUUUUCAGUAUAGGCAGUAGGAUAAGGAGUUUUCCCUGUGUGUGAUACUGUGCCUCAACACAGUCCAGUUGAGAGAAGCUUGUUGAAACUUCACAUCCUUCUGUGGUAUCCUACUGAAAACUGACUGGACUGGACUGCAGAUGUGUGGCACCUUGCUGUGACUGCUUCAGUAGUCUUUAUUUUAUGCUAAUGGAUUUAUUCCCCCCCCUGCCCCCCACUCCAGUUAAUCUCAGUUCAGGACCAACUGAUUCUUCAGACAGCAGUCAUGUGGGUACUGGGUAUGCUAAUGGUUAUAUGCCCGUGAACCUCAAAACACUUAACUUUUUCCUGAAAUCUCCUAGAAAACUUCAAAUGAGAUUUAAUGGCUGCUAGCAAGAAAUUUAAAUUGCAGCAGAAUAGACCAGUUGCAGCUUCUCAUUUGUUCUUUAUGUAGUAGUGUAUUCAUCGACCACUCUAUUCUUGAAUGUUUCACUUGGAGUUUCAUGAACAACCUUGUUUUUCCCCUCUUUUUUUCCCUACUUGAAAACGCUACACGACGAACAAGAAACCCCCUGGACUCUUCCUACAGAAAGGAGGUACUUGUGUAUUCAGAAUAUUUUUAAAUAAAAACUGAGAUGCUGCCUAUAACUUUUUUGUUAUAUUUGCCUUGUGGUGUAAGAUUUCCAUUGCCCUGUUCAAAGUACCAUCUGUUACCAAAGCCCAAGACAACUGACUUGAAUAGGGCUUAUAAAGAGAGAAAUGGAAAAAUAAUCACUAUACUUUAAACUACUAUUAAAAGCUUUCCUUUGAGUGUCUUGACUAAGGUGUAUGCAAAAAAAAUCUGAUGUUUCCUGACUAUUGGAGGUAUUCCGAAGUGCUUUACCAACUGAAAUUUUUAAAGUAAAGACUCACUCCCUGUCUGUUCUUGGGGCAAAUAUUCUUCACUGCCAAGUGUAUGAAUAUGAAUUGGGUAACUUUUAAUGUAUUAUGCUGAAACUGAAGCAGUCCAAAGCUCAAAGGGAAAUACUGUACGUUUGGAUCUGUGAACUAUGACCUGUGGCUCUUGAACCCUUUGAUUAAAGUGGUAUCUGUGGAGAUCGUGAGACUACUCGUAGUUUCCACGCUAGAAGAGGGACUGCAGACAGGCAUGAACUUCAUGUUUCACGUAACACUUGUUUUCAAACGUCUGUUAAAAUAGUAGUUCUUUCCAUGAGAAGAAUAUGCUAAUAAUAUAAGCGUGAAUACUGAAGUACCAUUUCUGGGUAAGACUGUACGAAAAAUUGCAUUGCAAAAUAAUUUAUGGUGGCUAAUGUGAUACAGCUUCUAUGGCUAAAACUUUAAAUGGUGACUUGCCCUAGUCCAGACAACAGAGCUUUGGCACAUUAAGAAAAAUGUUUUCUAUGCAGGACUGAAAUGUGGUAUGUAAUGUGUCAGGGUUUUGCUGCAUGCCUAUUUGCUAGUUUGCUUCUUUCCCCUUCAUUCUGUUUCUGAAACCUCAACAUUUUUAAUACUUACAAAAUUGUCAAAGAACAUGAAAUUAGCUAUUGUGAUGAUGCAACAUAAGCCUAACUUACUGCAUGUACCUGAACUGACAGGUAUUAAAUUGCCGUUGGUAUAGAAGUGAAGUUCAGUUGUGUUUUGACUUGGUCAGGACAUUCUCUGUCCUGUUGAUGUACGAGUAGGGAGAUUGGUGGUUAACUGCUGUUCUUCGUCCUGUGGUGGUACAGCUGAAUCGUCCUCUGGUGUAUCUCAGGCUUUGGGCUUUUAUGGUGUUGGAAGGCCGGUGGCCUACUGUCACCGGGUGAAGUGUGACGGGCCUGUAUUUACCUUAGGAUAAGCAGUCAUUAGAGAAACACAAAGGGAUAGCUGUUUUAUUGAACUGUAUUAUACUCUAACCAAGACCCUAGCAUGG